AGUGUGGGGAGAGAGGUGAAUGCAGACUGCUGGCCGUGAGAGUUCGUUCCCAGCGCCUGGCAUAGCCCCGGAGAGGGUGCAACAGAGUCUUGUCUGUGCGGUUGCAAACAUGUCAUUUGCAAAGUGCUUUGAAGAGGGGGAAUCUGCGAGGCAGAUCUCGGCUCGGGAGGAAGGGGCAGUCCUUUAUCUCCUGCAUGCAGUGCGUGGUACAGCAGCGAGAGCCUUGAUCGCCAAGGGACACUGGAGAUGAGGGCAGGAUGUUUUUCCAGUUUUUUUCUCCUAUUCGGUUCCCGUCAGUAAAUCAUUUCAAGAGGCUUUGAGAAAGAAGUAUCUGCAGUUAAUGCAGACCGCGCCUCUGUCAUCAUGUCGGUCAGCGUCCACGAGAACCGUAAAUCCCGAACGAGCACUGGCUCUAUGAACAUCUUGCUUUUCCACAAAACCUCCCACCCAGACUGCGUCCUGUCCCAUCUCAACACCUUCCGGAAGAGCUGCGUGUUCACUGACGUCACCCUCUGGGCAGGUAACAGGUCCUUCCCGUGCCAUCGGGCUGUGCUGGCCGCCUCCAGCAGCUAUUUCGAGGCCAUGUUCAGCAACGGCUUGCGGGAGAGCGUAGACGAUGAGGUGAAUUUCCAUGAUAGCCUCCACCCAGAGGUGCUGGAGCUGCUGCUGGACUUCGCGUACUCCUCCCAGAUCAUCAUCAACGAGGAGAAUGCAGAGUCCCUGCUGGAGGCUGGGGACAUGCUACAGUUCCACGACGUCCGAGAUGCAGCGGCUGAGUUCCUCGAGAAGAACCUCUACCCUUCCAACUGCCUGGGCAUGAUGCUGCUCUCAGACGUUCAUCAGUGCCGUAGACUCUACGAGCUGUCCUGGAGGAUGUGCCUGGUGAACUUUGAAACAGUGCACAAGAGCGAGGACUUCAACAACCUCUCCAAGGACACCCUGCUGGACCUGAUCUCCAGUGACGAGCUGGAGAUAGAGGACGAGGAGAAGGUCUUCAGGGCCAUCAUUCAGUGGGUGAAGUAUGACUUGGACAAGCGGAAGAUGCAUCUCCCAGAGCUGCUGAGGAACGUGCGUCUGGCCUUGUUGCCUUCCGAGUGCCUCAAGGAAGCCAUGGCGUGCGAGGACCUGAUCAUGGCAGAUGAGAGGAACAAGCUCAUCAUGGACGAGGCCAUGCACUGCAAGAAGAAGAUCCUCCAGAAUGACGGGGUGGUCACCAGCCCCUGUGCCAGGCCCCGCAAAGCUGGGCACACCUUGCUGAUCCUGGGCGGGCAGACCUUCAUGUGUGAUAAGAUCUACCAGGUGGAUCAAAAGGCAAAAGAGAUCAUCCCCAAAGCAGACCUGCCAAGCCCAAGGAAAGAGUUUAGUGCCUGUGCCAUUGGCUGCAAAGUCUAUGUCACUGGCGGGCGGGGCUCAGAGAAUGGGGUCUCCAAAGACGUCUGGGUAUAUGACACGGUUCAUGAGGAGUGGUCCAAAGCUGCUCCCAUGCUGAUAGCUCGGUUUGGGCACGGCUCAGCUGAACUGGAGAACUGCCUCUACGUGGUUGGUGGGCACACUGCGGUGGCUGGUGUCUUUCCGGCAUCUCCUUCUGUUUCCUUGAAGCAGGUAGAGAAGUAUGACCCUGCCUCCAACAAAUGGACCAUGGUGGCCCCUCUAAGGGAUGGAGUCAGCAAUGCUGCAGUGGUCAGUGCUAGGCUGAAGCUUUUUGUCUUUGGUGGGACCAGCAUCCACCGGGACAUGGUGUCCAAAGUCCAGUGCUACGAUCCUGUCGUGAACCGGUGGGCAAUCAAAGCAGAGUGCCCCCAACCUUGGCGCUACACUGCCGCCGCUGUUCUAGGCAGCCAGAUUUUCAUCAUGGGCGGGGACACUGAAUUCACCGCUGCGUCCGCCUACCGCUUCGACUGUGAAACGGACCAGUGGACGCGGAUCGGGGACAUGACUGCCAAGCGCAUGUCAUGCCACGCCUUGGCCUCGGGAAAUAAGCUUUACGUGGUGGGGGGUUACUUUGGGACUCAGAGGUGUAAAACGCUAGAUUGUUAUGACCCUACCUCGGACACGUGGAACUGUAUAACAACAGUGCCGUACUCACUCAUCCCCACGGCUUUCGUCAGCACAUGGAAGCACUUGCCAGCUUGAGAGGCAUUGGCUUGGGCCCAGAAUUCAGGAGCUUAACCGGAUGCCACUGUCGAAUUCAUCUCCCUUUCUCUCUGCUGGAGUCUGCACAGUGACCAAAUGCUACCAGCCUCACUCCUUACUGCCCCCACCCAAAGCCUGCAAAGGGUCUUUUGCAGCCCUUCCCUGGCACAGGGCCCAGGAAAAGGGCUGACCUGAGAAGGAAGCCGCGCCAUUUGGGCUGGGAGGGGGUGCUAAAUGAUGCUGCCGCUCGAACGGCCGUGCAGUCAAGCCACUGAAGGAGAACAGAGCCGAGAAGCGUGCUGGGGUGGAGGCCUAUUGUGUCGGGGCUGUUUUCCGUCGGGGCUUUCGUUUGUGGGAGUGGGGAGGGAAGGGGAUUGGUUUUGAUAUGAUAAGAAAGAUGAAGUAUCCAUCGACGCUGCAUGAAGCCUAUUGAGACGCAGGAGAGGGAUGGUACUGCCACUACCGAAGGAGGCACGGGCUUGAAUUAAAAUAGCCCAGUGGGAGCGCCGGGCCUGUCCUGCCACCUGAUUCCUCUGGAGUUUGUGCUAGGAGCCCAGCAGGGGUUUUCGGUUGUCCUAGGAGCACACAGCACAGUAACCCGAUGAGGUGCUUUCUGUACUGGGGCGUGGGGGAGGGGUCUACGCUUUUUAAAAGCGGUUCAUUUUGCAGAGUGCUUUAAGUUGGUGAUCCCGGGUCUUUAGGGUACUUCAGAAUGGGAGUGGGAGACGGGUGGCUGUUGCCAGUGAGGCGGGGAUUGGAGAAUCCGACGCUGGGCUCUGCGCAGAUUGGAAAGGUAGCAGAGAGCCAGCCCCGUGCAUAGAUACUCCUAGCUGCGUGACCCAAGUACCUGCUUGUGUGGCCGGGCAGGGAAGCUGGCUGCUGAAACUUAAAGGGGUAGCCCUUUGAUGUUGCUAAAAAAAAAUCCCAGGAAGCCAACACCCCAGACAGGCAGGUAACAUGCAGGAAGGAGGCAGGGACCUGUUGUGCACAUGAGAACAUUUUCCUUCCGCAUUCUACUGUGGUGUGUCUGGGGCCUGGCAGCUCCCUUCCCACAGCAGCUGGGGAGAGGCGUUGUACACCUGUCAAUGUGUCAGGAUCUGGGUUAAUUAUGUUGGAAAGCUGGAUAAAGCUGGAUAACACUCGCUGCACAUUCAGAGCAGGUCUCUGAGCCGUUCCUCUGUAUUAUUACGUCCCCUAAAUACUGGGUGCGUAGGAGGGAAGGGGGGGUUAUCAGCAGAUGAACAGGAACACAGAAUUACAUACCAGGUCUGCUUUUCAGUCCAUUGAGAAGGGUGUCCUGCCUCAACAGUGCCUAAUACAUGAUGCUUCAAAUGUAAAGUAUCACACAAUUGGCAAGGUGAAUUAUGGGAGGGGAAUAUUGAUAAAGCAUCCAUUUCCCACCCUGUAGUGGCACACCCUGAGGUUGCUGUAUCCUGCUCCCAGCCUGCAGAGCGGCCACUGUUGCUGGUCAUAAAUUACCCAUAAGCAGCUCUUAACGUUUCGGUGGCUGAUCUCCGCAGGCCGGGGCAGUCACAACUUGGCUGUGCACUCAGCCUGCAUUUUGUUUUACAUGAAGUACCCAUUAAUUCUCCGUGACCUGCCUUGUUCCCAUCAUGGAUUAGGGCUCUUUGAUAACUGUUUACAGCGUGGAAUACAGCUUCUUCCGCACCUAGCCAGACCACUGCUGUCCACAGGCAUGGCGGCUCCAGCAUGCCUUUGCAUACUCUGAGUUUUCAGUGGAUUAGCUUAAGCUGCAGCCUAGCCAGCCAAAUAGUGCAAUGCACUCAAAACCCUUGACAUGGCCUCAAACACAGAAGCCUUUCAGGAGGGAAGAGCGCCCUUCCCUGUAAAGAUGAGCACACACUUUUUACACAGCUGCCUCACGAAUGGACUGAAUUGUUGAUUUAUUUAAAUAUUGUAGUUUCUCCCCCGAUGUCUGAGAACUUUAAUAAAACUGGGAAGCCUUGGUGGGGGGGAGAGGAGGGCUGUGUGAGUUUUCUUUCCCAAACAAAUGGGCUUUAUGACUAAAAACAGGGUUCUUAGUAUAGGUGGCACCAAGCGAUGCCUCAGCCCUGCGCAGUUCAGCUAGGCUCACAACCGUAGCGAGCUGUAAUUAUUGCGACUUUACAGUUGGGGAAACAGGUACCAUGUUAGGUGUCAUGUCCAAGGUGAAGGCAAUGAGUCAUUGGCAGGAAUGGAAAUAAAGUCCCAUGAGCUGGGGCUGUUCUGACUUCUCAAGAGACUAAAAUGAGCAUGCACACACCCAGAGGAACCUCACAGCUAUCCUGCCACUGUUUGUCUCUGCAGGGCAGCGAUCAGUGAGAGCAAUAAGGGACAAGAAUGAGAAGCUCAGAGCCUGACUCUGGCCUUAGAGGACUAACAUGUCAAAUAAGCUUUGGUGGUCAGCCCACGUUACAGCACAGGUGUCAGGGGAAUCUGUGGUGCUAAUGAGGCUGAGAGGAAUGUUGAAUGACCACUGUAGCUGUACACCGGGGUGGGCAAACUACAGCCCACUAGCCAUUUUAAGCAAGCUCCCGCUGGGGAGUAGAGUCUGGGGCCGCUCCACGCAGCUCCCGGAAUGGCCCCCCUCUGGCUCCUACGCAUGCCAGUGGCCCCUUCUGGCGCACCAAUGGGAGCUGAAGGGACAGGGCCUGUGGAUGACGCAGCAUGCAGAGCUGCCUGGCCACGCCUCCAUGCAGGAGCCGGAGAAGGGAACAUGCCACUGCUUCCUGCACCCCUGAGCCUCUCCCCAUGCCCCAAUCCCCUGCCCCUGCUCUCUGAACCCCUCAAUCCCAGCCCUUCCUGCACCCCAAGCUCCUCAUCCCCAGCCCCCCCCCAGAGCCUGCACCCCCAACUGGAGCCCUUGCCUGCACCCUGAAUGCCUCAUUUCUGGCCCUACCCCAGCCCCAGCCAGAGCCCUCACCCCCUCCCAUGCCCCAACCCCAAUUUUAUGAGCAUUCAUGGCCUGCCAUACAAUUUCUAUUCCCAGAUGUGGCUCUCGGGCCAAAAAGUGUGUCCACCCCUGCUCUACACUGUCAUAGGGACAGGUUCCUGGUGCUACUCUGGAAUAGCUUUCCUGCUUUUCUCUGGAGGUUCUAAGCCGGCCCUCAUCACCGGAGUAUGUCAGUCACCUUUAGUGCCGCACACACCCCAGGGUCAGGAUUGCAGUAAGCUGGUCGCUCUAGGCGAGGAAUUUUGUGAGUUCUCCGUUACUGGAGCAUCCAACAAUGCAGCACUGUGUGUAUAGAUGCUGUGAUACCAUUGCUAGAUAGGGAAGAAGGGUGAUUAAAGCACUUAACUGAGACUGAAGAGACAUGAGUUCAAUUCCUGGCUGAGCUACGGAGUCUGUGUGUGACAUCGGGCAAGCCCGUGGGAGUUAGGUGCCUAAAUACCUUUGAGGAGCUGCGCCUGAGUGUCUCUGUGCCUCAGUUUCCCAUUGGUAGAAUGGGAAUAAUAGCAGGGCCCUACUUCACAGGGGGUUGUGAGGAUAAACACGCUCAUACUGGUGAGAUGCUAAGCUACUAGCUGGAGGGGGGUCCAUAGAACUAGCUAACAAGAGAGCCCCUUGUAAACCCAGCUCACUGUAUUCAUGAAUGGGGAUUUCUACUCUAUAGUUUAAUGGGAAUUUUGUAGCCCUAAUGCUGUUUGUGAACUCGAAUGUUACCCUUGGCUCUGGCACUUUAAAAACAAGGGUGGGGGGAUUCGAGAGUGGAGCGUUUUGAUCAAAGCAAAACAAAAGAA